AUGGCCAUGUCCUCGCGCGCCCUCCUCCGCCGGAUCGGCGGCGCGCUCCUCCGCCGCUCCUUCUCCGAUGCCGCCGCCGCCGCCGACGCCGCGGGGUACCACGUCGCGGGCGGGCCCAGUUACAUGCGCGGCGCCAUCUUCUGGGAGCCCGGCCGCCCGCUCACGCUCGAGGAGUUCCGCAUGCCGCGCCCCAAGGCCGGCGAGCUCCUCAUCAAGACCAAAGCCUGCGGGGUCUGCCACUCCGAUCUCCAUGUCUUGAAAGGCGAGCUCCCUUUCUCCAGCCCCUGUGUCGUGGGCCAUGAGAUCACCGGAGAGGUCGUCGACCAUGGCACGCACACUCCUGCUGAGAUCAUCAACAGGUUCCCAGUCGGAAGUCACGUUGUUGGCGCAUUCAUCAUGCCAUGUGGGAACUGCUUCUACUGUGUUAAGGGCCAAGAAGAUCUGUGCGAGUCUUUCUUCGCGUAUAAUCGUGCCAAGGGGACGCUCUAUGAUGGCGAAACACGGCUGUUUCUAAGGGGCAAUGGGAAACCGGUGUACAUGUACAGUAUGGGAGGGCUUGCAGAGUAUUGCGUCGUGCCAGCCAAUGCGCUAGCAGUUCUCCCUGACUCGUUGCCAUACACAGAAUCAGCGAUUUUAGGAUGUGCAGUGUUUACCGCGUAUGGUGCCCUGAGGCACGCUGCUGAAAUGCGGGCGGGUGAUUCGGUAGCUGUGAUCGGAGUUGGAGGGGUUGGAUCAAGCUGUUUACAGAUAGCAAAAGCCUUUGGAGCUUCUGAAGUCAUUGCAGUGGAUGUUCUUGAUGAGAAACUCCAGAACGCUAGAACACUUGGCGCAACUCACACUGUAAAUGCAGCAAAAGAGGAUGCAGUUGAAAGGAUAAAGGAAAUUACUGAUGGUAGGGGUGUGGAUGUGGCUAUAGAGGCACUUGGUAAGGCAUUAACAUUUUCCCAGUGCGCCAAAAGCGUACGUGAUGGAGGCAAAGCUGUUAUGAUCGGGCUUGCUGCAGUAAACGUAAUGGGGGAGGUCGAUAUAACCCGUCUCGUCCGACGACAGGUGAAAAUCAUUGGUUCAUACGGCGCAAGGGCCAGGCAAGAUCUUCCUCAGAUAGUGAAGCUCGCAGAGAGUGGCGCCUUCAAUCUCCAGAACACCAUAUCAAGGAAAUGCAAGUUUGAGGAGGUGAAUGGCGCCUACGAGGAUCUCAAUCAGGGCAAGAUUGUCGGGCGAGCUGUCGUUGAGAUCAUGGAGUGA